AUGAUUAAAAUAUAAAAGAAAAAUCCAUGGAAGGGCUCAAGAGAAACUCGUGCAUGAGAAGAAACGUGAAACUCCCAAGAGAAACAAAAAACACACACACUUAGCUGGAUACCAACAAGAGGACAAAAAGUGGAAACUGUGUCGUAUCUCGCAACGGUCGAUACGUGUUUCAACUAAACCGUUGAUAAUACCAAACUUUUUUGACAGAAAGGUUAUAGAAACCGAAGAAGUAAUUUCAAAUAAUUUUUCUAAAUAUAAUAAUAAUUUUUUGCUUAGUUUUUGAAAUUAAAUGAGAGGGACAAUAAAAGUUUGACCCUUUUUUAGAGAGACUAUUGACUUGGACGAAACCUGAGAAUCCGACACAUUUAACUCUCCUCUUCUCUCUCUGUCUACAAACAUUCAUUUCUCUCUAAUAACAUAUCGAAAUUCACACACACUCUUGUAAAGCUUAUCUCCACACUUCUCCAGCACUCUUCUUCUUUAAUUUUCUUCUAGGGUCUUAAUUCUGGUUCUUGGUAAGACAAUGAGUGCUUCAAAGUUCAUUAAAUGCGUUACUGUCGGAGACGGAGCUGUCGGGAAGACAUGUAUGCUUAUCUGUUACACUAGCAACAAGUUUCCCACUGAUUAUAUACCGACUGUGUUCGACAACUUCAGUGCCAAUGUCUCCGUGGAUGGACAGAUCGUGAAUCUAGGGCUAUGGGACACUGCAGGUCAAGAAGAUUACAGUAGGUUGAGGCCAUUGAGUUACAGAGGAGCUGAUAUCUUCGUCUUAGCCUUUUCUCUUAUCAGCAAGGCCAGUUACGAGAAUGUAUUAAAGAAGUGGAUGCCUGAACUUCGUCGGUUUGCGCCUAAUGUUCCCAUUGUCCUUGUUGGUACAAAGCUAGAUCUCCGUGAUGACAAGGGAUACCUCGCGGAUCACACCAAUGUCAUUACCUCUACUCAGGGAGAGGAAUUGAGGAAGCAAAUCGGUGCAGCUGCUUACAUCGAGUGCAGUUCCAAAACUCAACAGAAUGUGAAAGGAGUGUUUGACACAGCGAUCAAAGUGGUUCUCCAGCCACCACGGAGGAAAGAGGUCACUGGGAAUAAGAAGAAACACAGAAGAUCCGGCUGCUCCUUUGCGAGUAUUGUCUGUGGAGGCUGCGCCACAGCUUAGGACAUAACACAAGUGAAGUGACAAGUCCCAACAACAUUGUCUGGGGUCGGUUUAUUGGUAUUGUUGUAGGUUGAAAGAUAAGGGAACUGUUGGUUCUCUUAUUUGUAUGUGAAUUUCCUUUCUCUGUCUUCUUAGUCUCUUGAUGUUUUUUGUUCUGUUGUAAACUUUGCUGAUUCCAGUAAUAUUCUUGUGUUGUUGUUAACAAUGUUUGCAUCAUUUUGAAAGUCAUGCUUGUAAUCAA